UCUUUGCAGAGUCAUGUGCUUCUGCUCCGGUACUGAGCCGAGGCCGCGGGUUUGGCCCCUGCUUUGACCGCUUUCCCCUCACCCCUGCGCGGCUUAAACACCUCCUAAAACCCCGGCACUUUCUCCCUCUGAUCCUCCUUGGUUGUUUUGGGCGGACGGAUAGCCUCGGCUGUUCGGUUCAUCUUUGGUUCUGUACGGUUCUGACCCGGACUCAGCACCAUGGCGGACGGGGAGCGCUCGCCACUGCUGUCCGAUCAAGACGAGGGUCCUGGCCGCGGUCUGCCGUCUAAUUUCCAUGCUGUGCCUCCGUACCCUGUGGCCCCAGGUGAGCCCCCUCCUCCGUACUCGCCCCAGGGCAGCCCCGACAGCGGCAGUGCCCCUGUCAUCAGCUGCCGUGUGUGCCAGAGCGCCAUCUCUGUGGAGGGCAAAGGCCACCUGCACGUGGUCAAGUGCAACUUCUGCAAUGAGGCAACGCCCAUAAAAAACCCUCCUGUGGGGAAGAAAUAUGUGCGCUGUCCAUGUAACUGUCUGCUCAUCUGUAAAGUCACAUCGCAGAGAAUCGCCUGCCCAAGACCGUACUGUAAACGUAUCAUUAACCUGGGCCCAGUGCACAUCGGCAGAGACAGCCCCGAGCCGCAGCACCAUCAGCCCGUCGGGAUCAGAGUCAUCUGUGGGCACUGCGCCAACACCUUCCUGUGGACGGAGUUUUCAGACCGAACUUUGGCCCGGUGUCCCCACUGCAGAAAAGUCUCCUCCAUUGGUCGGCGGUACCCUCGGAGGAGGAGUUUGUUGUGCUUCUUGUUGUUUAUCGUCAUCGCUAUUUCCACUGCUGGACUCAUGGCGGGAACGUGGAAUCCUGCUAAAUCUUCUCGUGGUAUCUACGUGUCGUGGGCUCUGCUUCUGUGUCUGGCUCUGCUCACUCUGGGUCGCACUCUUUACUGGAGGUGCCUCAAAAUCAGUGACCCCAUUUCCAACAUCACGUAGACUGGGCCGUCACCACAGAGCGCACAAAAACAAGUCUACAGCACUGAAAAGGAACUAACACAUUUAGGCCUGUCACAAUAACAACUCUGAUUUAUUACUUAAGAAAAUAUAGACGAUAAUGGAUAAUACUGAAACAAAAUUAUGCCAGAGAUACAAAAACCCUAAAGCAGAAUUACGCCUAAAAAACUUUUCUAAAUGUAUCAUCAUAAAAAACAUAAGCUAUAAUAAAUAAAUGACAGGUUCAAGUACUUAAAGUACAUUUGACAGAUUAAUAUAUUUUUCUAAUUAUUACUUUUUGGAUUGAUGGGAUAAAUGGCAGUUUGGGAAGAAAUGUAGAAAAAAAAUGUCAUUCUAUCUAAAAUCUGUACAAAUAAGGCACAGUUUAAACACUGAUUUAACAAAAUAAAGGUGUUGUCAUCUAUUUUUAUUAAUUAAGUCAUAACUAUUGUGUAAUUCAUGCAGGUUUGUUUAAAUUAUCAUUGCUGCUAGGAAACAAAUCUCUACAUAUUGCGGGAAGUAAAUUGUAAACUUCAUAAAAAUGACAAAACUAGAAAAAAACAAGGCAAGAUUUGUAGUAAAAUCCUACAUAUAAUGGUGUUUAUUAUUAUGUUUGUUUUGGAGAAAUGAGCAGUCUAACCUGUCAAAUGCACUUAGUAGUUUGUAUCUGUAAUGAAUCAUAGAAGUUAUUUAUUCAACCCUUUACAGCUAAUAAAUAAUGGCCCCAAAAAUACUUGUUCCAUCUGUCACAUAUAGAACAAUAAGUCGAUACUGUCGUUAUCGGGACAGGCCUAAAUACACAAUCUUUAGUUCAGUAAUUUUUAUUCAUUUGGUUGACUUGUCUUUGCUGGAGCACUACAGAAGCUGCUAUUCUCAAUCAGAGCUGCAGUUUCCUUUCCACAAAUGAUUUUUAAUUUUCUUAAGGCAUUCUUAAAACAUUUUUUGUAAACAAGGGACUUCCAAAUAACAUUAAAGGUGCAUCGUGUAACUUCUAACUUAUUGCUUUGCCUGUAUUGUUCGAUAAUAUGGCAUUAAACUUAAACUUAAUCAUUCCAAACCAAUUUAAACUAAUCGAAUUACAGAUGUUUUAUUGCUUUAAUUGAAAAACAUGCAUUCUUACUGUGAGUAGACUCGCCUCUCCACAGAUCUGACCAGUAACUUGGUCUGGUGGCUUGCAGGUUGUGCUUCCUCUACCAGAAAAGUUAUACAGUGCACCUUUAAAGUAACAGAUGAGUCUUAAUGCUGCUAACAAAAUGUAUGGUAUAAAUAAAUCAUUAAAACAUUUUGAUACUAGAAGCAAAUUUUCGACUUUCCAUUUGGCACUUACAAAAAAGUGAACUGCAACUUCAAAAUAUCUAAUUUCUGUGUCUCUGAUAUAGAAGCAUUUGUAUGUGACAUGAGCAUAUAUUUGAAAAUUGUCCCUUGAAGCUUCCUGUAGGGCAUUACCAAGCUGAGGAUGAGCACUGAUCGAAGAAUUUAAAAACAUAUUGCACUUAUUUUACAAAGGGACUUAUUUAAUGUAAGGAAUUGUGUGUUUUGAAUGACCAAGUUUCACACUGUACUGAUCACGAGCUAUUGUUAAAGGCGCACUAUGUAACUUUUCAGCAUCGCACACUUGUCUCCUUGGAGAGAUUAUUGUUUUGCCUGGAAUGUUACACAGUAUGGCAUUAAACUUGUGGAAAUGUGUAAUGUCAAGCAGUAACAUCUCUAUGAAGACAGGUGGUGGAUUCUUCAACACAAAUGUUACAUAGUGCGGCUUUAAAUCAGGUUAAAACAAUUUGUUGCAUCAAAGUAGUUUAGCUGUAGUAUAUUUAUGUAUUUUUGUUGGAAUCAUUUUGCAAUUCUACAAUUUUGGUGUAAAUUAGAAUCCGCAAAGCAAUGCUCGCAAUUGUACUUAUGCAACCCGUUUUAUCAAAGGCGGGUAGAGUAGCCUAAAACUAUAUUUGAGUAAGAGUACUGUUUCUUCAAAACAGUAUUACUCAAGUAGAAGUACAAGUAGAGGUCCAAGAAAUGACUCAAGUAAGAGUAAAGAGGUUUUUCUGGAAACCAUCAGAGUAAUUAUUUGUCUGAACAUAACACCUGAUUUAUAACUGAAGAUUAAAAUGAUAGACACAAAAAUGAGGAAAAGUGAAAUCCUAUCUGACAUAGCGCUGCAAGAGACACAAAUGUUCAAAUCAUUUAAAAUUGUCAACAUAAAGCUUUUGUCACUUGAGGGCUUACAGUGGGAAGAGUAAAAACUUUUGCUCAAGCAAAAGUACUCGAGUAAACUUAACUACUACCCAUCUCUGCAUUCUUACAUUUUUUUCCAUCUGAACAUAUGAAUUUCUUGAAUUGUAAAUAAACUCAGCGGAUCAUGUGAAUAUUUUUGGAUUGUAAAGAAUUGUAGAGCAGAGCUGUUAUCUCCCUCUUGUGGCCAGUCCAUGUAACAGCAGUGAAACGUGUUAAACUAUAAUGUUCUGAUUUGUUUAGUUUACUGUGGCCGUCGUAAUGGUUUGUACAUAUACUGUGGAAAAAUAAUACAAAAAAAUCACCACCUCAAC